AUGUCUGUUACUUCAGAGUUCAGCUCAAGGCCCAGGAUCACACACUUCACUAGACAACUCAUUGAUAGAAUGAUCACUCAUUAUGAGGAAGCUUCUGACUUGCAAGAUGAGGCUGAGGUCAGUUUUCACCAGAGUAUGGAAUUUGAUGAUGAUGAGACAACAGAGGAACUUCAGAACAAAGAAAAGCAGAGUCAACAUUCAUCUGCAGAAUCUGUUCAUUUCAACCCUUCAAAUCCUUCACUAUCCCCCACUCCCGGAAUGCUGACUUUUAAUGGUGAUUUGAAUCAACCUAUCUAUUGCACCGCAGGCAAUCUUAUGAAUCUUAUGCAGAUGAUGCUACAGAACCAGAUGACUGCGGCAGAAACCACUCAAUAUCUCACUACACCUGUCCCUGCACAAAGAGACACUACAAGAGAUGAGUUGCAGGAAUAUCAGAAGGAAGUCAAAUAUGCACUAGACAUCAAAUCAGUGAUCACAUUUGAUGACUCUAAUUAUGAAGCCUGGCAUGUUGAUAUGUUGACUGAUGUGAAAGUUAUUGAUGAAACUAAUAUUCUAUUGAGAACUCAAUGA